CUGAGCUCCUCCCCCUCCUCCUCCCCCUCCCCCUCCUGACGGUAAAUAUGUGUCGUGUCAGUGUCGGGGAGGUACGAGUCCAGGAGGAGACGUUCUCCUCAGCCUGAACCCGGACGAACGCACGUUUUUUUCGGAUAUUUCCAGAGAAUCCAGGACCGAACACAAACCAUGCCGAACUGGGGCGGCGGCAACAAGUGCACGGCCUGCCACAGGACGGUGUACCACGCCGAGGAGGUGCAGUGUGACGGCAAGAGUUUCCACAAGAGCUGCUUCCUCUGCAGCUGCUGCAGGAAGUGUUUAGACAGCACCACGGUGGCCGUCCACGACCUGGAGCUCUACUGCAGGUCCUGCUACGCCAAGAAGUACGGCCCCAAGGGCUACGGCUACGGGCAGGGGGCGGGGACCCUGAGCAUGGACCGAGGGGAGCGGCUGGGAAUCAAACCUGAGGAGAAGCAGACCCACCGACCCACCACCAACACCAACACCUCCAAAUUCGCCCAGAAGUUUGGAGCGACAGACCAGUGUGGUCGCUGUGAGAAGGCGGUCUACAUGGCCGAGAAGAUCAUGGGAGCGGGCAAGCCCUGGCACAAGAGCUGUUUCUGCUGCGCGACGUGUAACAAGAGCCUGGAGUCGACCACUCAGACGGAGAAGGACGGAGAAAUCUACUGCAAAGCGUGUUACGGCAAGAACUUUGGGCCUAAAGGUUACGGUUACGGCCAAGGAGCCGGAGCCCUGGUCCACACGGAGUAACUCUUCAUCGUCUUCGUCUUCGUCAGCCCGGGUGUUCCCACUCCUCCUGAACUCCUCAGCCUCUGUGCUGUGUUUUUUCUACUGUUUUCAAAGCCAAUAAAAACCAGCGUCAGUGAUGACGUCACAUUUGACUGUUUUAUUAUUAAAGCCAUUAAAACUGAACCAUGCCCGUAUGUUUACAUCUGAAGCGGAGUUACAGUGAAGUCUGAUGGAGGGCAGAGGCACUGGAGAUGGUCAUGUGCUUUAUCUUUUCUGUCUUUAUUAUCCCACAUGGUUAAGAGAGGGACGGGGGAGAGACGGGGGAGGGACGGGGGAGGACAGGCUGCUGGAAGAACUCGUCAGCUGGGAUUUAUUUCCAUCUCUUCACUCACAGCCACUUCCUCCCGGCAGCUUCACCAAUGACAAUGGAGAGGUCCGGUCUUUUAUGUUUCACCUUCAUAGCGCCACCUACAGGGUGGUCGGCGCUGCAGGUGACGGCUGGAGUGAAAAACGUGUAGAAUGACACUGAAGUGCCCCCUUCUGGUGAUGCAAAGAUGAGGCCCAAAAGAACUGAUGAGGCUUCAUAACUGUGAUGAUGAUGAUGAUAAUAGGCUCCGCCCACUGUCCUCUAAACUAUUGCAUGGUCACAUUUCAGCGAAAACAAACCAACAAAGGAAAGAAACGGUCGGCGUCGGCUCUUUAGCGUCUGUGUUUUACACUUUGUACAUCCAGUGGUUGAACAAACCCAGCCAUUUGUGACAGCGUGACGACCACGAGCAUGAACAAAUAUAUUACACACCUGCACAGGAGGGGGCCCCCUGCAGGAGGUCCACUGAACACACUGGAUCCACAGAGGGAACUGAAGUGAUGGGAGUUUAGAAAACAAAACAAAAAAAUCAAACAAAAAAACCAAAC